GCUAGAAGGCGGUAGUGUGCCCAAGGUCACAGAAACUCAGUUAUAAAGCCUUGACUGGAAGCAGCUCAGUAAACACCCAGUCAACCAGUACUUGCUGUGUGCCACAUGUGAGCUAUGCUGGGGCCUCAGAGCCCAGAGGAGUUCAGGCUGUUCCAGGCCGUGGUGGGCUUCCCCCUACACUGAGGAGGUGGCAGGAAGUGCCUGUGACAGAGGGAAACUCAGAGGAGGUUCUUAACCCAGCCUCAGGGCAGGGUGGGGCAGGAAGGCUUCUUGGAGGAAGUGAUCAUCUGAGUUGACUCUUGGGAAUGAGCUCUCUGGAGGUGGAGAGAGGGCUCUCUGGGCAAAGGAGCGUACACUGCUCAGUCGAUCAGUCAUGCCUGACUCUUUGGAACCCCAUGGACUGUAGCCUGCCAGGCUUUUCUGUCCACUGGAUUCUCUACGCAAGAAUACUGGAGUGGUUGCCCUUUCCUCUUCCAGGGGAUCUUCCCGACCCUGGAGAUGCAGAGUCUCCUGCAUCUCUUGCAUUGGCAGAUGGGUUCUUUACCAUUGAGCCACCUGGGGAGCCCCUGGGCAGAGGAGGCGCUGUGGCAAAGACAAGGAGAUAAGCUGCAAAGCUGGAUACAAAGUAGAAAUUGCCUUCUGAAACAUAUAAAGGACUGGUGUGACGGUGAGGAAUUAAUGGACACAGGCCUCCCUCCGGACCUUCAAGGCUCCACUCUGUACCCUCUUCCUCCAGGAAGAUCUCCUGGGCCACCUCCAUUACACCUCCUCAAGUUUGGAGAUCAGAGACCUGCCUCUCCUACACUCAGCUUGCGGUUGGUCUUUGACCUCAGCCCAGGGAAGUCGAGGGCCAGGCACUCAUGGCAUUGGCUCCAAGACUGGCUCCAACAUUCUGAGGCUGUCCUGAGCGCUGCCCUUCCCUGCAAUAAAGCACAUCAACACACGGAAGAGGAGACUGGGACUGAGGUGGUUUGUCCCAUGGUUUCUGGAACGUUGCCGUAUUUCUUUGGGCCCUGCCAAGCUAUGGGCCUCUGCUUCAGCCUGGAAGGGGGCUUGUGGGCACCCCGGGCUCUGUGUCCCUGGACAUGGGCUGUGUGGGGCCUCAGACACCAGCACCUGGAGGCCUGGCAUAUGCCAAGGGGGUGUGGGUCUCCAUUUCUAAAAGCCUCUCCUGGCAGAAAUGCCACUGUGGGUCUGAAAUACACAUGGAAGCCGUGAAUCACACAUCCCUCCCCUUCUGCCACCCAGGCAAAUCCCUGCUCCAGGUGCCCAGGCAGGAUAAGCCUGGAGCUGUGGCAGGGGACUCACUAUGACUCUAACACCAACAUCUACACAGGGUUCUUGUGCUGGGCCUGGACCUGGGUUGGGCUGGGGGAGGGGGGUGGGAAGCUGGGUAGAGCCCCCUCCUUGGGUGCCUCCCUGGUGGGGCAAUGCACUGGGCCCUGAUGAAUCCAUAGCCCCUUCUGAGGCCUCCAGGGUUCUAUUAGCAGGCAGCCCAGGGAGAAGGCAGGGCAUAGCCCCCUAUCUGUGGGGGAGGCUUGAGUACCUCUCUUCUCCAACCUGGGAUAAGGACACUAGGGUCUAUCUAUUCAACACACACUGCCCAGCAGCCCUGUUUGACCAGGCCCGUACUGUGCACCAGGGACACACAUGUGACCAAGGCUUGGGGCUUGUACUGUCCCCGGGGAGCCUGUAGUGGCUGUGGCAGCAAGCAGAGUGUGAUAUGAUACACAGGAUGGUCAGCGCAUAAGUGGGGGAGCCCCUUAGCCAGCCCUUCCUCACCCCAGGAUGCAUGCAGGCAGAAGAAUAAAGGGAGGGUAUCCCGGAGCUGAAACGAGUUUUGAAGGGUGAGUAGGAGUGUGUCAGGUGAGAAGGGAGUGAGGAAGGGGUGGGUUCCUGCAGAGGGAGCCACAGGAGCAAAGGAGGGAAGGUGAGAAGCAGCCUGGCACACUGGCCGAAGGGCAGACAGUCCGGAUGUGUGCUGAGGAGGGGUGGUGAGAGAUGAGGCUGGUGUGACUGCAGGGCCCAGUCAUGGGGACUUUAAUGCCAGGCUG